AUGGGGUGCUGCCCGGGGGAUUGCUUCAACUGCUGCACCCAAGAUCAAGACUGCUGUGAGGAGUGCUGCUGCCAGCCCUCCUGCUGCGGCUGCUGCGGCUCCUGCUGCGGCUGCGGAGGAGGGGGCUGCGGAGGGGGGGGCUGCGGAGGAGGCUGCUGUGGGUCUUCCUGCUGUGGGGGUUCUGGCUGUGGAGGCUGUGGAGGCUGUGGAGGAUGUGGAAGCUGUUGUGGUGGCUGUUGUGGCGGCUCAGGAGGGUGCUGUGGCCCUGUGUGCUGCCAGCCCUCACCUGUCUGCGACACGAAAUGA